GUUUGAAAAAUGGCGCCAGAUGUGUAUGCAGAAAUAAAUAAUCCUAGCAAAAUGUAUCCAAUAGCUAUAAAUUUGAUGAUGUCCAUUGUAGCCUACUUAGUCACAGUUCGGAUAAUACCAAACAUAAAGGAAAAAUUCAUCAAAGCCAAUUUGUUUGGUAUCGAUAUGAGCAAAACUACCAGUGACAAAGUGCCUGAAUCACUUGGAGUCGUCACAGGAUGUGUCUUCUUGAUGACUAUGUUCUUAUUCAUACCCAUACCCUUCGGGCAUAGCCUUUUCAAUGGCAGCUUUCCACAUGAUGAGUUUGUGGAAAUGAUAGCAGCCUUGUUAUCAAUUUGUUGCAUGUUGUUGCUCGGAUUCGCCGAUGACGUGCUAGAUUUACGUUGGAGGCAUAAGCUGUUAUUACCUACCGUUGCCUCUUUACCAUUGCUGAUGGUAUAUUAUGUCAAUUUCAAUUCCACCACAAUUGUAGUUCCCAAACCAUUCAGAGAACUUCUAGGGCUCAGCAUAGACAUUGGAUUCCUGUACUAUGUGUACAUGGGAAUGUUGGCAGUUUUCUGCACUAAUGCCAUCAAUAUUCUGGCAGGGGUUAAUGGUUUGGAAGCUGGACAAAGUGUUGUGAUAGCCUUGUCCAUAAUCAUUUUCAAUGUAGUGGAACUCUCUGGGAAGCUCUGGAAAGCACACCAGUUCAGUCUGUAUUUUAUGCUGCCUUAUACUGCUACUACAUUGGCUUUGUUAAAACACAAUUGGUACCCUUCCAAAGUAUUCGUUGGCGAUACCUUCUGCUACUUUUCCGGCAUGACCUUUGCCGUGGUAGGCAUUCUCGGACAUUUCAGCAAAACCACUCUACUCUUUUUCAUACCGCAAGUGUUGAAUUUUCUGUACUCCUCCCCGCAAUUGUUCAAACUGGUACCCUGCCCCAGACAUCGACUGCCCAAAUUCAAUUCGAAGACUGAUAGAAUGGAGAUCAGUACCACUGUGUUCAGGUAUUCGGAGUUAGGUGUCCUAGGUAAAAUUUCCAUCAGCCUGUUCAAAUUGUUCAGGUUGGUGAGAUGGCAAGAAAAGGGUGGGUACGUUUACACUAAUAAUUUAACGUUGAUUAAUUUGGUUUUGUACUAUUUGGGGCCAAUGCACGAAGCCAAAUUGACCAGCGUUCUGAUUGGCAUUCAGAUAUUCUUCACUUGUUUGGCGUUCGUCAUCAGGUAUCCUUUGGCGUCAAUUUUUUAUGAAGUAUAAUAGAGGUCCUUGAGUACAGCAUAGGGUAAAAUGGAUUUAAGAAUAUGUUGUUGCCAUAUUUUUGACUUUCUAAAUCCAAUAGAAUUUUAAACAGGCAUUAUUAGCAGCAAUAAUAUUGUUGAUUGUCUAAGAAAUACACCACUUCUCAGGAGAGGACCGUGUUGGCUUCAGUAUUUUGACAGACCAGCAGAUUGAGGACUGUAAAUACGAAUAUUUCUGACGCAUGUUUGACGUCGGAAACUGUAUUUUAUUGAGACAAUGCGGUGACGUAAAUGUGUUUACGUAUUAAUUAACGAUAAUAACAACGGGUGCCAGGUGGAUGCUGAAAUAUGAAACAGUUUGGUGGCAUGAUGCACAUGCGCAAAUAUAGUUAUCAUCACAUACUAAUCUAGACC